AAACUCCUCCUCUCCAAAAAAAAACCGCCUCCAAACAAAUUCGUUCCUUCUUCGUCUUCGAUCUUUCUUUCUCCUUCCGCGAGGAGAAAAAUCCAAUGAAACCUUAAAAUUUAAAUUCGAAUUUAAAACCCUAAAAGAUUCGAAGCUGCAUCCAAUGGACGAGACCGUACCCGAUCACAAACUCUGCGGUUACCUUUGUACGGUCCUCGCGGUUCCUUCCCAAUCCGUUACCACGACCAUCCCCUUCUCCACUCCUUGCCACCUCACCACCGACAACGACGGCAACAUUUGCUUCCGGUCCCAAAACGGCUUCGUUCUUUCCGUGAUACGAAACGGCGACGCUUCGAAUCACUAUAAUGCGGGGAGCUCGAGGAAGAAAGGUGGGAGGAGGAGGAUUGGGAUGGUGAAUGGGAGUAUGAGUGUGGUGCAUCAGUUUCAUGCAUUGGUGGUUCAUAAGUGCGUGAAGAUCUACGCUAGGGUUCUGAGAGUGGAGGAGAGUGGAGAGGAGGAGGAGGCGAGGGCGGUUGUGCUUGUGGAUGUUUAUUUGCCGAUUGAGCUAUGGUCCGGUUGGCAGUUUCCUCGGUCCGGUUCGGUUGCUGGUUCCUUGUUUAGGCACUUAAGCUGUGAUUGGAAGGAGAGAAGUUUGAUGCUCAAUAAUGGAACAGAGAUUGGUAUAGAUGCUCAUGGAAAUGUAAGGAGCAUCUGGAGUGUUUCUGAUUGUCAUGUUUUAGGAUGCAAGUUGCAUUGUAAUGGCGUUGACCCUUCUAAUAAAAGGCUAUUUGAGCUUCAUGACAUAUUUAAGAGCUUGCCUAGUGUAAUAAAUAAGGGAAUGGCUGAUUCUUCUAGAGUACAACCAGCUGAGGACACUCAUACUUCUGGCAUUUGGGACUUAGCUGAUGAUAUCCUGAUUAAUAUUCUAGCCACACUUGACCCUAUGGGUCUUACCAGGGUAGCAGCAACCUGUCGUCAUCUAAGGUCUUUGGCUGCAUUGAUAAUGCCAUGUAUGAAACUUAAACUUUUCCCUCAUCAGCAGGCAGCAGUUGAAUGGAUGUUAAGACGUGAGCGGAGCGCUGAGGUUUUACAUCAUCCUUUGUUCAUGGAACUUUCAACAGAAGAUGGGUUUCCCUUCUAUGUUAAUAGUGUUUCUGGCAGUAUAGUUACUGGCAUGGCUCCCACUAUCAGAGAUUUUCGCGGAGGAAUGUUCUGUGAUGAACCUGGCUUGGGCAAGACUAUAACUGCUCUUUCACUUAUUCUGAAAACGCAAGGAACAAUGGCUGAUCCACCAGAGGGUGUUCAAAUUAUAUGGUGCACACACAAUGGUAAUGAUAAAUGUGGUUAUUAUGAGCUUAGAGGUGAUGAAUUCACCUGCAAUAAUAUGAUUUUGGGAAAAAGGACUAUGAGUCAGAAUGCUCUCAGGGUACAAUCAUCUUUAGGAAAGUUUAGUCUCAAGGAGGAAACAAAUCAUUCUUUACUUAAAAGGGCCAGGUUGAUGGAUCCAGGUGAGAGAAGUGCAGAAUUUAAUGAUUCUUGUUUUGAUCGAAGAAUCAACUCACCGUCAGCUUCAUACUUUGAGCCGGUAACAUGGGUGGUUCGAUCCCCAAGGAAUUUGGGUCACAUCAGGAAAAAUCUUCUUUAUGCUUACGAUGGAUUGUCUGCUUCAUGUAAGGGAAAAGCAGUUGACAAGAAUGCACAUAUAAGGAAUCGAUCAAGCCAUGUCUAUUGGGGAAAGCAAGUUGGUUUAUCCUAUGGAGUGUUAGAUGGUUGCAUGAGGUCUGGGAAGGCUACUGCUGGUUGUAUUGUGUGUAAUGAAACUUGGGUUCAGUGUGAUGCCUGUCACAAGUGGAGGAAACUUGCGGACUCAAGUAUAGCUGAUGCUAAGGUAGCAUGGUUUUGUAGCAUGAACACUGACCCUGCUCGUCAGAGCUGUACUGAUCCAGAAGAAGCAUGGGAUAAUCAUGAGUCCAUAACAUACCUGCCGGGAUUUUUCACCAAAGGAACUGCUGCUGGAAAGGAGGAAAAUGUGUCAUUUUUUAUCAGUGUGCUUAAGGAGCACUAUACUGUGAUAAAUUCUAAAACAAAGAAAGCCUUAAUUUGGUUAGCUAAACUUUCUCCAGAGAGGCUCUUCGAGAUGGAAACAGUUGGUUUGUCAAGUCCAAUAUUAGGUACUGGUGUCGCUGAAGAUGCAACUGGGUUCCAUAAGAUAUUCCAAGCAUUUGGUCUUAUAAAGAAAGUAGAAAAGGGAAUUAGCAGGUGGUAUUAUCCACGGACUCUUGAGAACUUGGCUUUUGAUUUGGCUGCUCUUAGAAUUGCUCUCUGUGAGCCAUUAGAUUCUGUGAGGUUAUAUUUAUCAAGAGCAACAUUAGUUGUUGUUCCAUCAAAUCUAGUUGAUCAUUGGAAAACACAAAUCCAGAAACAUGUAAGGCCUGGUCAGUUGCAGCUUUAUGUCUGGACUGAUCAAAGAAAGCCUCCUGUUCACAGUCUGGCUUGGGACUAUGACAUUGUUAUUACUACUUUUAAUCGUUUAAGUGCAGAGUGGGGUCCCCGUAAGAGAAGUGCACUGAUGCAAGUGCAUUGGUUUAGGGUCAUCUUAGAUGAAGGGCACACCCUUGGCUCGAGUCUUAAUUUAACCAACAAAUUACAGAUGGCCAUUUCAUUGACUGCUUCUAGUCGUUGGUUACUAACAGGAACGCCCACUCCUAACACACCCAAUAGUCAACUGUCACAUCUUCAACCAUUACUUAAGUUCCUUCAUGAGGAAGCUUAUGGUCAGAACCAAAAGUCAUGGGAAGCUGGCAUUCUCAAACCAUUUGAAGCCAAAAUGGAAGAGGGUCGGUCACGUUUAUUGCAGUUGCUCCAUAGAUGCAUGAUUAGUGCAAGAAAGAUAGAUUUGCAAACUAUUCCUCCGUGCAUCAGGAAGGUGACAUUUGUAAAAUUCACUCAUGAACAUGCAAGAAGUUACAAUGAAUUGGUAGUUACAGUCCGGCGCAAUAUUCUAAUGGCUGACUGGAAUGAUCCUUCUCACGUUGAAAGUUUACUGAAUCCUAAGCAGUGGAAGUUUCGAAGUACAACAAUCAGAAAUGUCAGGCUGUCUUGUUGUGUGGCCGGGCAUAUAAAAGUAACAGAAGCAGGUGAAGAUAUACAAGAAACAAUGGAUAUUUUAGUUGAAAAUGGUCUGGAUCUUUCGUCAGAAGAAUAUGCUGUUAUUAAAUAUAACCUCCUUUAUGGUGGUAAUUGUCAGAGAUGCAAUGAAUGGUGCCGCCUACCCAUUGUCACCCCAUGUAGGCAUCUUUUGUGCCUUGAUUGUGUUGGUUUGGACAGCAAAAUGUGUACCCUACCUGGCUGUGGUCGCUUAUAUGAGAUGCAGACUCCAGAAACAUUAGCACGCCCAGAAAAUCCAAAUCCUAAGUGGCCUGUCCCAAAAGAUCUUAUUGAGUUACAACCUUCAUAUAAACAGGAUGACUGGAAUCCUGAUUGGCAAUCAACCUCUAGCAGUAAAGUUGCUUAUCUUGUGGAGAGGCUGAAGGCAUUGCAGGAGGUUAAUAAAGAGAUCCGUUGCUCUAUGGAUGAGGACAAUGAUGCCAAGGACAUUGAUAAGUUACUUUGGCCAUCACAGAGGAGCAAUAUGGGUGUGCCUUUGCUGCAGAAUUGCUCUAGACUGGGCAAGGAGUCAUACAAGACACUUCCAGAGAAAGUUCUGAUAUUUUCUCAAUUUCUAGAGCAUAUACAUGUUAUCGAGCAGCAGCUGACUUUUGCUGGUAUCAAGUUUGCUGGUAUGUAUAGUCCAAUGCAUUCUAGCAACAAGAUGAAGUCGCUGGCCUUGUUCCAGUAUGAUGAUAGCUGCAUGGCUCUUUUGAUGGAUGGGAGUGCCGCUUUGGGUCUUGAUUUGAGUUUUGUUUCUCAUGUGUUUUUGAUGGAGCCAAUCUGGGACAGAAGCAUGGAGGAACAAGUCAUUAGCCGUGCACAUCGGAUGGGUGCUACUCGUCCAAUUCAUGUGGAGACUUUAGCCAUGAGUGGUACAAUUGAAGAGCAAAUGUUGGAAUUCUUACAGGAUGCUGAUGCAUGUAGGAAAUUUUUGAAAGAAGAGUGUCAGAGACCUGACCGUGAAGGAUCACGCACUCGUCGGACACUACAUGACUUUGCCGAGAGUAAUUAUUUGGCUCGACUUAGCUUUGUGCAUAGAAAUUCAGUGUCAUAAGGGCUGUUCUUCAAAAAGGGUAAUGAAGGCACCAUGAUCAUCAGCUUCAAUUCAACUUCAGGACACGACUCGGUGGUGAUUCCUGUGACUGUUCUACAAGUUUAAUGCAGCUUUGUCACACAACAUGAAUCGAUCUUACAGUGCAAAGGAGCAAAUUAAAUAGCAGAUACCACAGCAGAAUUCAUUGCAAUUGUACUUAGGAAAAGAUUAGAUUGAAUUUUUUGUUAGGCAAAACAUGCUAAAAUUAACCAUGUUCAUUUUGUCGUUUUAAUACCUCCCCGAAUGCUGCUAAUUCCCAGAGAUCAAAUAGGAUCAUUUGUUCAGCUUGUUAAUGCUCUAGGUUGUUUUAGGUAAUUUUUUGUGUAUAAUUUAACUCUGGGAAAUAGUAUUGAAUUAUCUGCCACUCAUUAUUUUUUGAGUUAAUCCCAAUGCUCCCUUUAUUGCGGUA